AUGUCGAACUACGCCUACCUCUUCAAGUACAUCAUCAUCGGUGAUACUGGUGUCGGCAAGUCUUGCCUGCUCCUGCAGUUCACCGACAAGCGCUUCCAGCCGGUCCACGACCUCACCAUCGGUGUGGAGUUCGGCGCGCGCAUGAUCUCGAUCGACAACAAGGAGAUCAAGCUCCAGAUCUGGGAUACCGCUGGCCAGGAGUCCUUCCGCUCCAUCACCCGGUCGUACUACCGCGGUGCCGCUGGUGCCUUGCUCGUCUAUGACAUCACCCGUCGUGAGACCUUCAACCACCUGGCCUCCUGGCUGGAGGACGCGCGCCAGCACUCCAACUCCCAGAUGACCAUCAUGCUGAUCGGUAACAAGAGCGACCUCGAGAGCCGUCGUGCGGUUCCUCGCGAGGAGGGCGAGGCUUUCGCCCGCCAGCAUGGUCUUUUCUUCCUGGAGACUUCGGCCAAGACCGCCGCCAACGUCGAGACCGCCUUCCAGCAGACUGCUCUCGACAUUUAUGACAAGAUCAACCAGGGUGUUUUCGACGUGACCAACGAGUCCAGUGGCAUCAAGGUCGGGCCCUCCCACGGCGGCUCGACGCCGAAGGGGAAAGUCGAUCUUGGCGCCAGCGAGAAGGAGUCCGAGGGCGGCUGCGACAAGUGCUAAUACGCAGGGGUUCCCUGCUGCUUUACUUGCUCACACUGCCGACCCAAAGCACUGUUGCUCCUCCUUCCCUCCCUCCUACACUGUGCAUAUGCAUUGAUGGCCCAUAUUACCCCCCCCCCCCCAAUCUACUCUUCUCUCCCUCCUUCGAUGGCCAUCGCUUCACAAUUGCACACGCCGCCUCCUCUUCAGAAUGUCCCCCUUGCGCACGCUCGUGCGUAUGUGUGUAUCCGCGCGUCCGCGUCAUGUGUUUGCCGUGAAUUCUCCCAUCCCACCUGUGAGGGCACUUCCGCAUGCGUCCAUACACACACGCGCGCACGCGCGCACGCACGCGCGCACGCCCGCAUACACACACACACACACACACA